UUAAUCAAAGAGUCAACAGAAUAUUAUUAUUGAUUGAACUAUUAAAAAUGGGAAACACACCACCAUCUUUGCUUGUUGUCCAAUUCAAAAAUCAACCUAGAAGAUCUUGAUGAAAUCUACCGGAUCUUGCUUUCCAAACUGUCAGAUUUUCCAUAGGAUUUGCGUCUUCUUCCCCCAUGGCCAACCAUUUAAAACUCACCUCCCCAUUUCUUCUUCUUCUCCAUCGCUUUUCCAAACCCAAUAUUCCCAUCUUCUUCUUCUUAUCUGGGUGUUUGUUGAUUUGUUGAAAUCACACAUCUUCACCAAUCAUGGGAAUGGCUACCGAUCAGGCUAAAUUUCAUGUUCUUGCUGUUGAUGACAGCCUUAUUGAUAGAAAGCUCAUUGAAAGGCUUCUCAAGACUUCCUCUUAUCAAGUUACUGCAGUGGAUUCUGGAAGCAAGGCUUUGGAGUUUCUUGGAUUGAAUAACAAUGAAGAUGAACAGAGAAAUUCAAAUCCUGCAUCUGUUUACCCCAAUGAUCAUCAAGAUGUGGAAGUCAAUCUGAUCAUAACAGAUUAUUGUAUGCCAGGAAUGACAGGCUAUGAUCUCCUAAGAAAAAUCAAGGAAUCUUCAUCUUUCAAAGACAUACCAGUUGUGAUCAUGUCCUCGGAGAAUAUCCCAUCAAGAAUUAACAGAUGCCUGGAAGAUGGAGCUGAAGAGUUCUUUUUGAAGCCAGUUCAAUUAUCAGAUGUAAACAAGCUCAGGCCUCAUCUGAUGAAAGGAAGAUCUAAAGAGAUUCAACCAAACAUAAACAAGAGAAAGGGCAUGGAAGAAAUUCAGUCCCCUGAUAGAACAAGAGCAAGAUACAAUGAAUUGGAAGUGGUCUCACCGGCAAAUUGAUCGAUAUUUUCUGAUUUUUGAGAUUAUUCUUGAUUCUAUCUCUUUUUGGUUUUUAUUCUUUAUUUUUCCCUUUGACUCUUUGCUUAUACAGAAUCAGUGUAUAGGUUUUUGGUUUCAUUUGAAAGAAGAGAGAGAGAGAGCGAAAGCUACUUGUCAUGUUAGGGUUAUGGAAUCCAGGGUUCCACUGUAAAUUACAAGAAAGGAAAAUAUAAACUCAAUUUUGUUGGAUGAUUAACAAAAUAUGCCCCUCUUGAUUUAUCUGUGUCAGAUUUUUCUAUUUCAAUUCGAGAAUUAUGUUCAAACUAAAAUCAUGUUUGUCUGAAGAAUCUAUCGCAUCUCUGGCUAAAACUCAUAACAGAUUCUCACCAUAGGCCUAAACCCGAAUUCUGCAUGUUCUUAAUAUUGGAAAUUUGGAAUAUAAAUGUUCAAAUAGACAUAUUACAACCAGAAGUUCCAUUUUCUGUCAAAACUUUGAAAACUUCACAGAGAAAUCAAUGGUAAGCGUGCAAAAUGCAAAAAGAUUCUCAUCUAUAAUUAGUCUCUUUCAUUCAGUUUCUCAGUAAUCAAACACUCCUGUGCUCUGCAGAAUGCACAACCGUUCGCAAAUAAAGGG